AUGCGGCUGCUCUCGCCCAGUCUCCUCCUGCGGGCCUCACGCGGGCUCGCCACCCGCGCCUGCUCGCGCCGCGACGCCCAGUAUUUGCGGCGCGUGUCCGACGGCGGCUUCGUGCUCCCCGCGGCGAACCCGGGAGUGAGGCUCGAGCCUGGCUUCGUGGAUGAGGCGGAGGAGGAGGCUCUCGCGGCCGAGGCGCGUGCGGCCGCGCUCUCCUUUGGCUACGACUACGACGGCGACCGGAGGGCGCACGUGCUCAACCCGGCGGACGGCUCGAUCGAGUCGACGCGCGAGGUGGUCAACAACACACGCGUGACGGGCCGGCCGGAGAAGGCCGACCAGGCGCUGCCUCCGUGGGGCUACGGAGACGACUUUGACGAGUCGGCGCUGCCGCCCGCCAUGGGAGCGCUGGCCGGCCGGCUGAGGGGGAGCGGCCUGUACAACGUCGGCGCUCUGCGCGACCUGACGCUCAACCUGCGGCGCGACUCCUUCUUCCAGCUCGACCCGCACCUCGACCCGCGCCUGGACGGGCCGCACGUCUUCGUGCUCGGCCUCCUCUCCUCCGUUGUGACCACUUUCUCGCCCUCCGACGCGCUGCUCGGCGCCAACGGCCUGCCGCCGCGCAGGCGAGGCUCCCUCCCAAGCCCUGGGCCUGCCCGGGGCGUGUCCGAGACACGGCCAUGGCGCGACGCGCGAGACUCUUGGCUGCACGCGAUCCGGCCCGGUGUAGAGGUCGACUUGGCCGACGGCGCCGCGGUGUGCGACUGGUGGGGCCAGACCGACUACUUGGUGCGACGCUCCCCCAGCCGCAUCUCCAUCGUGCUGGCCUUCGCCGAGGGGUAG